UGUGUGCAAGUAAAUGAAAGUGAAGAAAAUGUUAGCUGUCUAGCUAGUGUCAAUCAAUCAAUCAAUCAAUCAUCAAUCAGUCUUUAUUUAAACUCAAAGUACUUUGAGGGUGACCCUUAUUUACGGUGUAGCUGAAUUAAUUCAUAAAUCAGGAAUUUAAUGAUAAAAAAAUCAAUCAAAUCUGAGUAAUACAGUUAAAGUGCUUCUAUAGCAGUGUAUUUACAUAUCCAAACAGCCUACAGCAGUUUCAGCCUAUGGUCCCAUCACUUUAUACUCAUAGGAAGUUUCUUAGCCUAGUCUGCUUUUUGCUUAAGGCUCAAUACAGGGAAAACAGAAGUCAGUCCAAAGUGCAGCAGACAUUUAAAUGUAAGUUGCAGCCUCCAACUUUAUGUUACUAAAAGUUUAUUUUAAUUGUUUCCCACAGCAUGCCUUCAGAAGAACAUGUAACGCUGGAAAAAGCACGAAAACUGAAAAGCACUUUGGUGCUUCGGAUUGAGGAGACAACAUUUGGAGAGGAAGCAAGAAAAAAGAUGGAUAAUAACAGACGGAGAAAACAGAGUGAAGUUUUCUUGAAGUUCAUCUGUGCCCUUCUAAAUUCCGGCGGCGGGGUCCUCUGUGCCAAAAUUGCAAACAAAAAAUAUAUCUAUGACAGAGAUGCUCUUGGUGAAGAUCUAGAAAAAGGCUUAAAUGAGUUGCUUAAUCCUGAGCCAAUCCAAGAUUUCAUUCAGAUCACACAGAAUAAAAAUGAGCUGCGAUUUUAUGUUAGGUCAUGGUGUUCAGCUGAAAGACAAGCACGACUCUGCUGUCUUAACACAGGCCUUAUGAGAAGAUCUGCAACAUCUGCCCUGCCCAUAGCCCCUACGCACGUAGUGGACCACUUCUUAAAGCGGCGGAAGCAAGACCAGGACGCUGGAGAAGAUCCUAUACAUGACAAAGCCUGUCAGUUCUAUGAAGAGGGAACAGCACGCCUGAAUCAAACUUUAGACUUUGGUGAAAGUGCAACUGUUGAGUUGAAAAGGUUUGACAGUGAAAAAAAACUGAUACAAAGACUCCAAGAGACACUCCCCAAGUACCUCUCUGCUUUUGCAAACACUGCAGGUGGCUUCUUGUUCAUUGGCAUAAAUGACAAAACCAAAACAGUGGUCGGCUGUGGAAAGGGAAUGACAGCUUCUGAACUAGAGGAGAAAACCAGAGAAAUAUGCAACAAAGCACAGAGUCGAGCUCUUCACAUGCAUCAGUGCCCUAAACGAAACAGCUGGUCUCCAGAGAUUAAAGUCUUUCCAGUUACAACACCUGCAGAGGACCCGAAGUAUAUUAUUGCAAUAAAAAUCCCAGCAUUCUGCUGUGCUGUAUUUGCGGAAGAUCCUAAGUGCUGGCAGAUUGAGGGGAAUGAAGUAAUUCAACUCAAAUGCAGUGACUGGUUGGAGAAGAUGCAGCGCCCUGUCCCAGAUGAUUUACUCACUGGACCAGCAUCAGGCCACAAUGAGAAAAAAAACCCAAACACCCACCCCACUUUUACUAACCCGAUGACAUCUGGAAUCAUUACGUCCCAAAGCUGUGCAGACGACAUCACCAAAGCUGCCCCCAUUCAGACCCUGAUGAUCACUCCUGGGGAAUAUCUUCAGCUCUUCUUUGUUGUGCAGAGGGAAAGUGCUGGUUUAUGGAAAUAUGCCAGGGAAACAGCGUUUAAUCUGACACAGAAGCUGGUGAAUCUCAGAGGAUAUACAGGGAGAAUUUGUGUGAUUCCUCAUUUGGUGUGUUGUGUGACAGGAGAGGUGAUACAAAACGAAACUGUCGGUCAACCCCUGUAUCCAAAGAGUUACACACUGGACAGCAAUAAGAAGAUAACAGCUUUGCUGUAUUCCUUAGCCACUACGAUCCUCAGUUCCACCUCACAACUGGAGGGAACACUUAGAUCAGAGUUCAUUAAGGUUGUGUUUGGUUUUAUAUUGCUUGGUUCUGGAAAGACUUUGCUUGUAAAAAAGGAAACGGAUUGUGAACCAGACAGUGACCUCUCUGUCUGUGAAAACGAGGCAUUGAAAGUAUUACUGAGGAAGCACCGUCUUUGCAUCUGUGAGAUAAUAUUUGACCUGACAAAGGACCCUACAGGUUUUACUGAUGGUGACAAUCUGCUCAUGUUUGCAUCAAGUCUGCAACAACCUUAUCGUCUGUAUCAACCUAUGCACGGCGCUAAGAAGGAUAAUUUACUCACUGGAUCAGCAUCAGUCCACAAUAAGUUUUCCAAUAAAUACCCAAACAUCCGCGCCACUAACCUGACCCUGAUGAUCACUCCUGGGGAAUAUCUUCAGCUCUUCUUUGUUGUGCCGAGGGAAAGUGCUGGUUUAUGGAAAUAUGCCAGGGAAACAGCGUUUAAUCUGACACAGAAGCUGGUGAAUCCCGGAGGAUAUACAGGGAGAAUUUGUGUGAUUCCUCGUUUGGUGUGUUGUGUGACAGGAGAGGUGAUGCAAAACGAGACUGUCGGUCAACCCCUGUAUCUACAGAGUUACACACUGGACAGCAAUAAGAAGACGAAAAGCGUUGCUGUAUUCCUUAGCCACUAUGAUCCUCAGUUCCACCUCACAACUGGAGGGAACGCUUCGAUCAGAGUUCAUUAAGGUUGUGUUUGGUUUUAUAUUGCUUGGUUCUGGAAAGACUUUGCUUAUAAAAAAGGAAACGGAGAUAAAUUCCUCCUAUUGUGAACCAGACAGUGACCGUGACAGUGACAGUGGCUUUGAAAGUAUUACUGAGGAAGCACCGUCUUUGCAUCUGUGAGAUAAUAUUCGACCUGACGAAGGACCCUACAGGUUUUACUGAUGUUGAGCACAUAAUACUGAGUGAAGGUCAAAACCUUCAUGAAGAGAAUGUAGACUGGUAUGGAAGGGCACAUAAGCUGACUGAUGGUUUGGGUAGUGUUAAACAGUUCUCUACUUCCCCCUCAAA